AUGGGCACCGAGAUCAUCGAUCAUCUUACAGAUCUCUUACCUGAGCAUCUCCAAGACGUUGGAAUAAUUCGACCAUACAACGCAUGCUUCUCCAAAAAGUAUCGACGGGCGGUGAUGAGGGCAUUCAAGGAGGGUUCUGUGCGCAUCCUUGUUUGCACAGAUGCUGCAGGAAUGGGAUGUAACAUCCCAGACGUCGACCUUGUUGUCCAGUGGAAACUCCCAACCUCUGUGUCAGCCUUUGUCCAAUGGGCAGGCCGAGCUGCUCGUUCGCAUGAUCAUCUUGGCCUUGCUGUCCUGCUCGUGGAGCCGUCAACAUACAGCAUCAUGCUGGAUGAAAAGGGAAACAAACUGGACGCGACACCAAGUGGCACUGAUAAAACGAAGACGAAGAAGGCGGCAUCUACACCCGCUGAAAAGGCAAGGGCGGCAGAGCUGAAGAAACUAAAAAAGAAUCAUGCAAAGGUGCGAGGUGUCCAACGCGGGUCGUUGGGAGGUCGGCACAAUACGAUCCUGUCGGGCACCUGUCAAAGAAGGGUCCUGGGCGUGAUCUAUGGUCAUGUACUAGUCGCAGUCCCGUCCGUUCCAUGUUGUGAUAUCUGCUGCCCCGAACUCCUGAAUCGCACGCGCCCGGGGAAAAGGCCAAAGAACACGAGGGCAAAGGUUGUCAAGAGAGGCGAGCCUUGUCAACUUGUCAUCGACGCGGUCGUUGCAUGGCGCUCUAAGAUCAAGGCCCGUGACUUCAAAGAUGUGUUGUUCACAUCGGAUGGGCUGGUUUCCGAUGAAGUUGUUGAUUUGCUGGCAAAUGUGGGGCCAAUCCAAUGCCCGGAACAGCUCUCAGCAGCUGUCUCGGGCCAGUGGGGUUGGGAAGAGACCUACGGAGAUGAGCUCUUGCAGGAACUGCUCAAGCUCGACAUACCACCUCUAAUUCCGCUGCCCACAGCACCCAAAGCAGCACUGAAGAGGCCAGUUGUCAACGGGCAAGAGCAAGGAGCCGUGGUAACAAAGAAGCAGAAGAAGACGGUGAAAGCCACCCAGACCGCAAAUUAUCUGACAGGAGCGCAGCCACUUUUCGUAAUCGAAGGCUAUUCCCAGAGCCCUCAGAUGUGCAGGGUUUGCCAUCUGCUGGAGGUUCUAGAAGAGGGAGAGGUGCAGGAGCAUUGGAUGAAGUAG